GGGAGGUGCCACACAUGGAUCCCUCUGCCCGGGCCGCCCCGUCGACAAUGAUCACCAAGUUUGAGACAAAGUCCAACCGUGUCAAGGGCCUCUCGUUCCACCCCUCGCGGCCGUGGAUUCUGGCCUCGCUUCACAUCGGCAUCAUUCAGUUCUGGGACUACCGUAUGGGAACACUGCUGGAGCGGUUUGAUGAGCACGAGGGCCCUGUGCGUGGAGUGUCCUUCCAUCUUGCCCAGCCGCUGUUUGUGUCGGGUGGUGACGACUACAAGGUCAAGGUGUGGAACUACAAGAUGCGCCGGUGCCUCUUUACUCUUGUGGGCCAUCUGGACUUUAUCCGGACGGUGCAGUUCCACAACGAGAAUCCGUGGAUUCUCUCCGCGUCUGACGACCAGACGAUCCGGAUCUGGAACUGGCAGGCGCGCAACUGCAUUUCUGUCCUCACUGGGCACAACCACUAUGUCAUGUGCGCGCAGUUCCACCCGAAGCUCGACCUUGCGGUCUCUGCCUCGCUCGACCAGACGGUGCGAGUGUGGGACCUCGCGGGCCUGAGGACCAAGUCUGGCCCGCGGUCGCUCGAGCCGCAGCAGUCGGACCUGUUUGGCGGCUCGGAGGCGACGGUCAAGUACGUGCUCGAGGGCCACGAGCGCGGAGUCAACUGGGCCUCGUUCCACCACACGCUCCCGCUCAUUGUCUCUGGCGCCGACGACCGGCAGAUCAAGCUCUGGCGGCACAACGAGUCGCGGGCUUGGGAGGUCGACAAGUUCCACGGGCACUUUAACAACGUCUCGUGCGUUCUCUUCCACCCGCGCAAGGACCUGUUCAUCUCGAACGCGGAAGACAAGUGCAUUCGUGUGUGGGACAUCCAGAAGCGGUCGUGCGUGCAUCUGUUCCGGCGCGAGCACGACCGGUUCUGGAUUCUGGCGGCGCAUCCGGUCUUCAACCUCUUUGCCGCCGGACACGACUCGGGCAUGAUUGUGUUCAAGCUCGAGCGCGAGCGGCCAGGCUACACGGUGUACAAGGACACGCUGUUCUACAUCAAGGACCGGUACAUCCGGACCUACGAGUUCUCGACUUCGCGCGACAUCCCCAUUGUGCCGAUCCGGCGGCCAGCGUCGGCAACGGGCCCGCCGCGCUCGGUCUCAUACAACCCUGCCGAGCGGGCAGUGAUCAUCACGUGGGACGAGGGAGGCGGGACGUACGAGCUGUACCACUUUCCGUCGGACCCGUCGUCGCGGAUGGAGGUCGAGUGCAAGCGCGGCGCUGGCCUUGCCGCCGUCUUUGUCGCCCGCAACCGCUUUGCCGUCCUCGACGCGUCGCGCACAAUCCUCAUCAAGUCGCUCGACAACGCCGUUCGCAAGCGGUGCGUGCCGCCGCACCCGUCGACCGACUUUAUCUUUUACGCCGGGACCGGGUGCCUUUUCCUCCGCUCCGAGGGCAAGAUCACUCUGUACGACAUCCAGCGCAAGGCCGCGAUGAAGGAGCUGACGGUGCCCAAGGUCAAGUACGUGUACUGGUCGAAGGACAUGUCGCACGUCGCACUCCUCUGCAAGCACUCGAUCGUGCUCUGCACCCGCAAGCUCAAGCAGCUCGGCACCGUCCACGAGACCAUCCGGGUCAAGUCGGGUGCGUGGAACGACGCUGGUGUCUUUAUCUACACCACGCUCAAUCACAUCAAGUACGCUCUGCCCAACGGCGACUCGGGCAUCAUCCGCACCCUCUCGGUCCCGGUCUACAUCACCAAGACCCGCGGCAACGUUGUGUACGCCCUCGACCGCGAGGGCAAGAACCGCGUCAUCUCCAUCGACUCGACCGAGUUUGCCUUUAAGCUCGCCCUCAUCAACCGCGACUACGCCGAGGUCCGCCGCAUCAUCGAGUCGGCCCGUCUCCUCGGCAAGUCCAUUGUCGCCUACCUCCAGCGCAAGGGCUUCCCCGAAGUCGCCCUCUACUUUGUCAAGGACCCCAACACCCGGUUCUCGCUCGCCCUCGAAUGCGGUAACAUCGAGGUCGCCCUCGAGUGCGCCAAGACCGUCGAGUCGGUCGACAUGUGGCAGCAGCUCGCCGUCGAGGCCCUCCGCCAGGGCAACCACCAAGUGGUCGAGAUGUCGUACCAGCGGACCAUGUCGUUUGCCAAGCUCUCGUUCCUCUACCUCAUCACCGGCAACCUUGUCAAGCUCAACAAGAUGCUCCAGAUCUCGGCCAUGCGCAACGACACCAUGGGCCGCUUCCACAACGCGCUCUACACCGGCUCGGCCCAGGACCGCGUCAAGGUCCUCUACGACGCCGGCCAGUUCCAGCUCGCGUACGCCGCCGCCGUCGCCCACGGCCUCACCGACGACGCCGACGCCAUCCGCACCGCGCUCGGGCCCGACAACAUCCCGGCCGGCCUCGACGAGUUCCUCGUCGAGAACGGCAAGCUCCUCCUCCCGCCUGUUCCGCUCAUGAAGCUGCAUGAGUCCAACUGGCCGCUCCUCACCCGCUCCCGCGGCUACUUUGACGGUGCCGGCAUCACAGACGCCGCCUCCAUCGGCGGCGUCGUCAUCGACGACGACGACUCGGACGGUGCUGCAGGCGGCUGGGGCUCGUCCUCGGACGCCGACGCUCCCGACGGAACCGACCCUGCUGCUGCUGGCAACGAUGGCGACGACUCGGCCGGCUCUGGAUGGGGCUCAGACUCGGACCUGGACAUUCCGGUGGAAGAGCUUGCGGCGGCGACGGCCGGCGCGGUCAGCAGCGUGCCCGGGGCCACCGGUGGCCCGUAUGUGCCGCCGCCGCCGGGCCAGCCGGUCUCUGCCGGGUGGACAACGUCGACACUUGCGGUGGACCACGUGGCAGCGGGAUCGUUCGAGUCUGCGAUGCAGCUGCUGGUGCGGCAGAUUGCCGUGGGCGACUUUGGCCCGCUCCUCCCUGCCUUCCGGCGGGUCUUCCUCGGCUCGCAGGCGGCAGUGACGGCGUUCUCACUCUCGCAGCCGCUGGCGGCGCCGCUUGUUGCCGAUUGGGAGCAUGCGACGCCCAAGACAGCGCAGCCGCUUGUGGCCAUCUCGAUGGCGUCGCUCAUCACAUCGCUGCAGGCCGCGUACUCGGCGACCACCAAGGGCAAGUUCCCGGCGGCCGUGGAGCUGUUCCGCGGCAUCCUCGCCCAGCUCCCGCUGGUCAAGGCUGCGACCAAGGCCGAGGAGGCCGAGGCGCGCCAGCUCCUCGGCAUCUGCGUCCAGUACAUCACUGGCCUCUCCAUGGAGAUCCUCCGCAAGGCCGCCAAGGGCGACCUCCCGCGGGCCCUCGCCCUCAUGGCAUACUUUACCCACUGCAAGCUCGAGACCGCACACAUGCGCCUCGCUCUCGAAAUGGCCAUGAAGGGCGCGUACAAGGCCAAGAACUUUGGCAUGGCCGCCUCGUUCUGCCAGCGCCUCCUCGCUCUCUCGCCCAAGCCCAAGGUCGCUCAGAAGGCCACCCAGGUCCACCAGGUCUGCUCCAAGAACCCGACCAACGCCGUCGACGUCGACUACCAGGAGUUCAACCCCUUUGUCAUGUGCUGCGCCACAUACACCCCCAUCUACGCCGGCUCUCCCUCGGCCACGUGUGGCUACUGCGCCGCCGCCUACAAGCCCGAUCUCGCCGGCUCCAUCUGCACCGUCUGCCUCAUCGGCAAGGUCGGUGCCCAGGGUGCCGGCCUUGUCCUCCGCGCCGGUCGGUAAACCCCCCCCCCC